AGUGAAGCCGACCUCUUUAGGAAGAAGGAGGUCAGCCCCGACAAGAAGUACGACCACUGCGUGAAAAUGUAGAACUCUUGCCGCGUGGAUCAUAACACUCCCGAACGACCUCCGUAGCAAGAACGACCACACCAGCAUCAUGUCGGGAGCCGGUGGCAGUAAGAAGCGUGAUCUGUACCGCGUGUAUCAGACCAGUGACACGCUGUCCUUCCUGGACGCAUCCUUGGUGAAGAGAAUCGAAUAUCAAAUGUAAAAAUGUCUGGGUCUGGAAACUUGUGAUGCUGUGUGGCGUAUCAUGAGGAGGCCACAAUUGCUGGCUCAGCAUGACAGGUUUCUGAGCUUCUAGGUGUUGCCUAUUCUGCAUGACAAACUACGUUUCUGCAUGACAGAAAAGUGGGGCUCUUUGGUAAUGUGCAUGACAGAUUUAAGAGUCAUGCCAGAGAAGCAUGACAAACUUGCAUUCUUCCAGACCCAGACAUUUUUACAUUUGAUAUCGAACCGUUGCUAGCCAAUCGCGCUCGGCCCGAGUGCAUCGACUUACUCGCCUUUGUCGAGCUCGUGUGGCAGUUUGCGAGGCAGCAUUCGGACGUGAAGAAGGGGGAGGAAAAGUCUUACGUCGAGAGUUUGUGCGUGCUCUUCCAGGAAGUAGCGACGCAGCACGCGGAGCAGGUAAAGGACUUCGGGGAGCUGCCCUGGUCUCUGGUAACGGACCACUUCAUACGCCAGAAGAUCCGAACGCAGAAAAAACAAGAUGAUAACGGAGACAAACAGGAGGGAGCUGCCGGAAACAACGGAGGACAGUAUUUUAUAGGAUUUUGUUGCUUCGCUUUUUGUUUGUCAUGCGAUGCGUGAAUGGAAUAGGAUUAGGAUUCGGAUUCGGAUUCAGAACCACACCCACUCAUCAAAAAUGUGCCGACAAUAUAGCAGAGUGAGAAGUCGAAGUACGACCUCACGCACUUGUACGAUGACUUUCCACUUUUCACACAGCACAGAAUGUGAUGAUAAGUAAUUCGCUCGUAAUCAUAUGGCACCCGAUGGCUGCCGAUGUCGAUGCUGCAUGUGUGUCCUUGCUGUAGAUGAAAUUGUUGUUGCACACUGGGCCAGGAGUGACGAAGACCCUUAAGCUCCUGAUGGUGCUGCUCUUCUAACUUUUUCUUUUCCCGCCCUCCCGCCCUAGGUUGACGCGUGCGACUUGUUAACCACGUUGCCAUUUCUGCACGAUGACAUGCGUGGAUGCAAAAAUGUAGUGCCGUGCUGAUGCCUGUUGUUCGGGAUUCUAGGUCUGAAGAUGGCAGCAUUCUGUCAUGCAGGAUGGAUGCACACGUAGUAAUGCUGUGUAGUUGAAGGAUGCUAUUUGGCACCCCCAAUGGUGCCACCUGCGGACAAAACAGGGGUGUACUGGUGCGGCCUCCAAGUGGCGCCCCCGGGGUCCGGCUGUGCCUAUGUGGGGCACGGUUACUGCUGACGCAUCGGGUGGAGGUAGGUUAGGCUAAGGAUGGAGAGACAAAUUAUUUAACGAAAAAACACCACCCAGACGCGAGGCCCCCCGUUUUUCCGUCGGCAAGAUCGCGGAUUACUCCACGCACAAGGGUGGCAUUUGCUGCCUCGAAGCCUGGCACCGUUGGGGCCUGUUGCUCUCCGCGGACCGCGAAUACCCCGGCGUGAAAGUGUACGAUGCCUACACGAGUAAUGUCGGACCGCCGAUCUACUGUGGCGACCUCCCGUUCUUCCCCUACAACAUGUCGGGCGGGAGCUUGAUCCGCAGGUCCGACGUCUCGCUGCCAGAUUACAUCCAGAACAUGUGCACGCCGCCAACUGCACUGGACGUGCAGAAGGGAUCGAAACUGAAAAACGAGCGCAUCAUGGUGCCGCCAAAGCAGGUGAUUCAGCCCCCAAAAGGCGCGUUUCCGGUGUCCAUAGCGGUGGACGACAAGAACGACGUCAUCGGGGUUAUUUUCUCCUCCCGGCACCUCUGCUUCUGGUCCGCGGGAUCCGGUGACGGGGGGUUGAGAUUGCAAGCAGCCUACCCAGUGGCGAUCGCGUUCACCGGGCUGUGGUUCAUCGACGGGGGGCUUGGCGAGUGGGUGGGUGCGUUCGACGACUUCAAUAUGGGGAUGUACAGCCGGGAAAAGUUAAGAUUAACCUACGGCAACCCGAUGAGCUUCAACCUCGUCCCCACGGGGGCGACGAGGGAUCCGUCCAUCAAACUGGUCGCGCCCAGUGCGGUUUUGCGGGGGCACAUGGACCAGGUGGUGCAGGUGAUCCAGAUUCCCGACGCUUACAUGGCGUCGGCGAGUUACGAUUCAAAUGUCCUCCUGUGGGACAGAACGGUCGGCGCGCAAUUGAAGAGAAUCUCGACCGGCUGCGGCUUGAGGGGGAUGGCGUUCAAUCCUGUGAUGGUAUAAUAGCACUUUUUUCAAGUUGUAAAUGUAAGAAUUGCGCGAUGAUAUUACAACACAUGUGGUUUCAGUUUGGAUUUGCAUCUGACUCUCUUGGAUAAAUGCAAGUUCGUACUUCAUCUAAAUAGUUUCUGAGAACACGACCACCCCAGGACCUCCUCCUCACCGUCGGCUUCGGCCCGGAGGCCAGUCUGUACCACCUCGGCAACCUCGGCGACGGUAGCUCUGCCUCCAGCAUCAAGCGCGCCGGCGUGCUCCGCGGCCACAUUUCCGGCUUAACGUGCUGCGCGUUCAUGGGCAGUUCCAUGGCGAUUACGUGUGACGACGUCGGGUACAUCCGGCUUUGGGAUCUGAAGAACAACUUCCAGUGCUUCCAGUUAAUCCAGAACGAAACCAUCGCGGGGAACAUCGCCAUGGUCUACCGGCUAGAAGACGGGUAUUACAAACUCGGGCACCAGGGUCGGAACGUGAGGGAAACGGUUGCGGACAUCAUCAAGGAACAGGAGACCGCGGACUUCGUCAUUGGCGGUGAGAGGUUGCUGAAGAUGAAAAAAAUCGGGCAGCCGGAGCAGGCGGGGAAUAUCCCCCAAGUGAUUUUCGCCGAUUUCUGCUAUUUGAACCACAGCUUGGUGAUCGUGACAGAGCAAUUUGUAUAUUCCUUCCAUUGCGAGACCGGCGCGCAGCUCGAGUGCGUGUCCGCGGCGACGAUUUUUCAAAACGCGGAGGAGAAUGUCCCGGAAAAGGACCGGGACCAGGGCGAAAUCACGUUGGAGUCCAUUCAAGGGAUUCCGGCCACGGCGAGCCACAGUUCGCAGUCCGUCGCGAACCAAAUGAAGAGUCAGGCGUCGACGGUAUUUUUGGCAGAGGUGAUGUAAGUUUCGAAUUAGUGAUAUGAGGUUGAUGGUUAUGGUUUGCGUUAGGUGAAAAGCAAAAAUGGAUGACGCCGCGACUUUAGUCAAGCACCGAAAUUAUGUCGAGAUUGCUAUUUCACGUUCUCCCCCACUCUUCUAGCCUUCUACCCGACCAAACAACUCACAGCUCGGCAAAAUGGGUCUCUCCCUUGAAGAAGAAGACUCGCGGUCCCAGCGGACCGAUAGUCGGGAAGCAGACAGUCGGCUGCAAACGUCAGUGGAGAGGGCUUUCACGGGGAAAAUCAAGGAAAAGCGCGUUCACCGCAAGAAGGAACUGCAGAAGCUGGCGUUAGAGAAGAAGUACGGAAUUGGGUUUGACAAAAAACCCAAAAAGUCCUCAACUUCUAGUUUGUUCGACGGUACGAAAAACAAAAUGCACCAAACGUCCGCCGGAUCCUUCUUCGGCGGCGCCGGCCCUAGUUCGACCGCAAGUACGAACAAGGAUCCGCAUAACCAGUCCCUCUCCGCAUUUGACGACUUGUUCGCCCCUGGGCAUGAGCAGUCGGAGGAAUUCAACAGUUCUAAAAUGUCGAAAACCCACUCCGGUAGCUUCUUCCCAUCAGGAAAUAAUAACGGAACUGACAAGAAGAAGAACCCGAAAUCGGUCGCGGCAAAGUUAGAACAGUUGCAGCAGAGCUAUGAACUCGACAAAGAGGAAACCAACGAGCAUGUUUUGGAGGAUAACCAGGAGUUGAGAAAAGACAAUAAGGGGAUGGAAACCAUCCAGGCCGCCUGCUUUGACGGGGCGCACGCAAGGCUCAUACUCGGAAGUGAUCGCGGGAAAAUCAUUAUCGUCGAUAACAAAUCCUUCCAGCCAAUCUGCCCCAGGUUACGGAACACGCACGACACCGGAAGAGCGGUGACGCAUCUGGUGUAUAUUCCGAAAAUGCACGAUAACAUCGGGCAUUACAGGUAAGUACUGAUUUUACCCAAGUCAGAGUACAGGAACAUGUAUUGAUUUUAGUACUUACAAAAAAAAUUCUGUUUGUUGCUUCCUGGCUUGUCGUAUUGCAACGCACUGUCAAAAAUAAACCAGGUAUUACGACUACGCGAUCCAAAAGCGCGCUCUGAUGUCCGAGAUCACCGAGAAAGUUGCGGACUCCAAAUACGAGCACUACCUCCCCGAAGUGGAGCACCACCUGCGACAGCCGCUGAACCUCCCCGAGGCAAUAAUCGCGUCUGCCGGGUCCGACGGCGCGAUUUUGCUGGUCGAGGACAAUCCAGCGCGGGGCUACCCGUUAUUGAUCCGCUUAACUUACAGCCCGGAGUGCCACCGCUUGAAGAACUUUUAUUUUGACUUUGAAUCCGGCUACCUCGUUUCUAUGACGGAUACCGAAAUCAAGUGGUGGGAACCGCACCUCGACCAGGGGGACCCGGCAAGGGUGAUUCCGAUUCAGAACAACGAUAGACUAGCGCAUCAGCAAACCGAACAGCAAUUGCACUUCGAACAUUUGACAAAUUCUGUCACCGGGACGACCUCCACAGGGGCUGCAGCAGCUCCUGCUACGAGUUCCUCCUCCGCGGCUGCCUCGCCCGCAAUGGUCGCAGCGGGGGCCCACAAUCCACAGGCGAUGAUGGCGCCCGCGAACAUUGCGAUGAUAUCAAAUGUAAAAAUGUCUGGGUCUGGAAGAGUCAUGCUGUUUUUGUAUGACACAGAAGGUCUGGCAUGGAAGCUCUAGCGUCACAGGUUUCGAGAAGCUUCCGCAAUGCCGAACCCGCAUGACAAGUCCCCUACUUUGCUAACAGAAAGUGGGGAGCUUUUGCUACGUAUGCAUGAGAGACUUUGCUGUGUUCUGAAAUACGCAUUACAAGUUGCAUUCUUCCAGACCCAGACACUUUUGCAUUUGAUAGAUGAUGCAGAGCGACAAAACGCGAGAAGUCGUGAACCACUCCGCGGGCGUGAAGUGGCGGAUAUCCUGUGCAAAAGUAUCGUACUCGUAUUGCAAUCAUGCAUGACAAAUCUUUUUCUUGAGGCAGAUCAGCAUGACAAAUUUUAUUUCUCAUGCUGACGAAUAAAUGUAUGCCCGGGCAGCAGCAGUCUUGCGAGCCUGUGAGCCAAGGCUGAGGCUGGGCGGGCGGUAUUUUAUGUAUCGGCCCCGCCCUAGCAUGUUGUGCGGUAGCCAGAACCUGAGAAAGUUGUAUGUGUGUGAAGAUGGCCCUCGGGUCUGUUGUUAGUUUUGCCGUCCCUCCCACCCUGGUUCACCCCCUCGGGGGAUGUAUCGUUUUGCACUGGUCUGCGGAUGAUUCAUGCGGUCUCGUGCCUAUAAACGGACAGAGACCCUUCUGCUUUCUUCUGGCAGGAGAGGGGUUGGUGCUCCAUGAUUCGGGCGCCUUCACUCCUCCGCAGAAGGAAUUGCUCAUCCCACCCCCUCCAUGAUUCGGGCGCCUUCACUCCUCCGCAGAAGGAAUUGCUCAUCCCACAGGAUGACCCAUCUGCGGAUAGUGCAGAAAAUUUGUAAUGCAUUUCUACGAGUUGUGCGAUACUUUUGCAGUUCAUAGCGGAAGUACGGCAACAAUUUGGGGUUUUCGGUGGACGCGCAUAGUGGCGAGGUGUGUGUGAUGAACAUGGAGAAGGGGGAGGUAGAAACGUCAUUUCUGCACCAGAAGUCGGUCAUCCACAAGGACGAGGUAAGGGACGUAAACUUCCGGGCGACCUGUCUGGCGGUGCUGGAGCACGAUGUGAUGAACGUGGAAUGGGCGGACCCGACCAAGAAAUCGGGGCCUGUCAGUACUGAUGAAAUUUUGCGACUGCAUCUGCAGCUUCCGCGCCGUUUCUAUUUCUUUGCAUUCAACAUGAUGUAAGUGUAGACGUCAAUGCUUUAUUUUGCACGAGGAUCCUGUUCUUGGCCUCAAAGUUUCUUGUCGUUGUUUCGACAGUACUAUUUUCAAACCAGCAAAACUUGUUCACCACAGAUUUCGCUUCCCGUCCCCCGGCGCAAACCCCACCCAGCACAGCGGAGCAAGCAGCGUCGCGGACGAAACUUGCCGACUUGGCCUCUUUCCCGGACCCCGCCACCGCGCCCACAACACCGUGGGAGGGCCUUCUGCAGUUUCCUUUCUUCAAGGACUUCGCCAAAGUCGUGGAGCAGGCGUACGGGCGAUCCAUUCGCGGGGACUUACCCGACGGCGUGGAGCUGCGAAGAGCGGAGUUAGAAAGACAGCAGUGCUGGCUCCCGGAAGUGCGGCAGUUGCGGCAGAGGAACCUGUACGACGAGGCGCAGAAACAGAAAACGGACGCCUUGAAAAAAGCCGAGGUCGGCGUCACCAGGGCCGCUACUUUGCAACUCUCCGGCGCCGCAGGGCCGGCGGCGAAUAAUGAAAGUGGUGGAGAGCAGGGAGGACAAUCAGCAGCGGUGCCAGAAGAGAACUACAUCCACACGGCCGCUAGGGACUUAGAAGCGUCCGCUUUUCUGUUCGAAAAGCAGUCCUUCUUCCUGACCCAGGACCCGAGACAGGGGGAGGAAAUUCACAAGUCCAUGAACACCCAGGAGCAGCCGGAGAAGAAGGAAGUGGUGGAAAGAUUUCUUUCCGUUCUUUACGAUUUGGCAAACCGAACGGACAUCGAGAUUCAGGCGGCGUCCGAACUGGCAACGGACUUCGGAUAUUUGCAGGAUCUGGAAAACGCGAGGUUGAAACAAUACUUUUCCGACCCGAAGUUGAUGGAAGCGUGGUCGUUUAUCAUCGGGAAACUCGACGAAAGUUUCUGGGGCCCGGACGGGAAUCCGAUCGACGACACUUCUGAUCAACUAGUCUCCACUACCGGGAAGCUGAAAAAGUCCCUGAUGGGAAAAUCCGCGUUACCAGCCGACACCCACCACACAGACGACGAACCGGAAGCGAAACCAUCAUCAAAUGCAGCCGUAGCGGCAGUGGCACAACAAGAUUCAGCAGCAGCAGCUGCGCCGUCGCCGGACCAUGGCGGUGAGUCUUCCCCGGCUAGUCCGUCCGGCAGUUCCGGAAUUCCGAAAGUCACAAAAAAGCGCGUGAAAGAUCCAAGAGACCUCUACGAACGGCGCGUGAAGUACAAGGAGCGCGCGAAGGAUUUGUUCAAACAGCCGCAGCCCUACACGGAGUCGAAAGACCAGUCCUGCAUCAUCGCUUUGGGGAACGAGAAGGGCGAGAUUUCGCUCGUGAAAAUCCGCCCGGAAAGGGUAACUCCAAGGAGGCUCUACGCGUCCGCCUCGAAUGUACCUGCGGGGACGACCCCAGAAACGAUGACGCCGGACAUCGCGCACGCCACGCCGACAACCACGCACGUGUUCGGCGGAAAGGUGUUGGUGAUUCAUAGGGAAACAAUCUGCACCUGGAAGGCGCACGACAGCGGGAAGAUUUCCUCCCUGAGAAUAGUUCCAGGCGUGCACGCGUUGAUUAGCUGCGGUGAAGCUGGUGACGUGAAGAUCUGGCCGCUAGAUACCUUUUUCGGAUCGGACGGGAGGGAUAGGGAAGAUGAGUUGAACGUAUCAAAUGUAAAAAUGUCUGGGUCUGGAAGAAUGCAACUUGUGAUGCUGCAUUUGGAUUCCAAAACAAUCUGUAUUGCAUGAAGAGUACCAAAGGGAAUAUAAUUUUUGCUACGCGGAGAGGGUAUUUGUCAUGCGGUAUAGGCAUCAAGAAGCUCUCAAAAAAUCUGUGAUGCUAGGGCAUGCAUCACAGACAUCAGUGCUCAUGCAAAACCUGCAUGACAAGUGUCAGAAUCUUCCAGACCCAGACAUUUUUACAUUUGAUAGAUCGGGGUGGACCACAAAUUCGUCCAGAAGUCGCUGGAGGACAGACAGAAGCUGAUUCUCUCCGACACGGUGUUCUACAAAAAGCCCUGGGUGUCCCUAACUCUCGGGCCGGAGACAACCUCGAAAACUCUGACCUGGUACCUGCCACGAGUUUUGCGACAAUCCCUGCUCUUCGCCUACCAGGGGUUCCGGGUGAUGCACAAGCUCCACGGAACCAAAGCGCUGGAGACGCAGGAGAACUCUUUGUACAUGCAAACGUCGAUUCACCUGUACGACCGGUACUACGGAAAACUCCGGGCGGAACAGGACCUGCAGAACGAGCACAAGCGAAGAGAAGCGGAGUUGUUGCAGGAAAAGUCGAAGGGAAUCAGCUUGGUCGAAGUGAAAUCCUACACAGUAUCGCAGGUGAAAGCCGCGCCAGAACCGGACUCGCUCCGACCACUGACGAUCUUCAAGGAAUUAACGCAAACGACGGAGAAACCGUGGGUGGCGAACUGGAAACCAAUGAAGAAGGUCGACCCGGGAGUAGCGCAAGUCAAAGAGGCGAGUGUGCUGAAACCGAAGAGAGGGAGCGUGACUGGUAUUUUGUUUUUAUUUUUGCUGCGAAGAUUCAAUUUCAUGAUGAUGAUAUCCAUUCUCGAUCUUGUUCUUCAGACGGCAAGAUAGAUGCAUGACCAAGCACAAGCCAUCUGCCAAUCUAUUCUUGCAUAUGCAACUUGUCCGCCUCACGACUUUUUCCGCUUCAUCAACUUCAUUCGGCAAUUCUUUUCUAUCAGGUGGCCCCGGCAAGAAAAGCCGGAAGCAGAUCAAACUGUCCGAAAUCCCGUUCCCGGACCGGCUGACCAAAGCCAGUAACGAGUGGAACUUCGAACGCCUUUACGGGAGACAAGAAUCCACGACCCACGCCGCCCAGCAGGCGCAGCAGACCACCGGGAAACUGGCCGAGAAAGUUCUGCGACGCACCUUCUCCGACACGAAAUCUCUGUCCUGGCGCCCGGAUUACGACGAAUUUGCGCCGGACCACCUCAAGCCGAAGAAGCCGGAGGAACAAAGGAGAAGGAAAAAACAGGACUCCUCUGUCCACAUGCCCGCGGAGCAGCGGUUGGCGCAGCUGAAAGAAACCAUCGCGGAGCCGAUUUCCCGGGUGAGUAAAGACCCGAGCCGGGAGAUGCUGAAGAUCCGGAAGUGGGAAUCCUUUCUCACGAAGGAGAAGGGAACCCUCCCAGAGUCCCAGAACGUCGAUUGGCUGCGGCAAACCAUGCCGGCCAGGUUCCGCGCAGACAAGACCCACGGUGCGGCGAGUCCGGAACGGCAUAUUUCUUCCCCGGAGAAGGCGAGGUUCUUGCUGGAUCUCGAAGCGAACAGAGAAGCGAGGAUAAAGCGGGAGGGUUUGAAACCGUCGUUGGAUACGAGAUCGAAGUUCAAACCGGAAGUGAACAUGGGACGGGACUACAGCGUGUCCGGUGGGGACGUGAUGCUGCGGGCGGGGGAGGCCGCGCGGAGGCGGAGUAGCGACAUGCAGCACAUGCUGCUACGGCAGUACCCGAGACGGUCGCUAUGACAGUGCACAACUCCCCCUCCCCCUCAUUUGUGAUGCAAAAUACCCAAUCCACCCUUUGCAUCUUGGCACUGUUUGCAUGACAAGUUCUGGUAGCCCACAUAGCUGCACCAUGCUCCACUGCAAAUUUGUCAUGCAAAACCGGCACUCUUGCUGAUGCUUGUAUUGCCGUUCAUGCUACACAAAUGAGGGGGAGGGGGAGUUGUGCACUGUUAUAGUCGCCGGAAGAGGAACAGAAAUUGAUGGACAUCGCUUCGAAGGCCGGGGAGGUGAAGCUGAUGUUAUGAAUUGCGAAAGUAUCGUAAUCGUAUAAAUGCAUUACAAAUUAGCCCAGCAUUACAAAUUGAAUUUGUAGUGCUGAUUUACCUUGGGAAAGCGAAAGAGAUUUGUAAUGCAUAAAUGCAAUUGCUGUUACUACGAGUGCGAUACUUUUGCACAGGAUAGAUGUAG